AUGGGCGAAAAUACUAAUGUGACGUCAGAACUCUUCGCAGUCUCCGAUCUCCAGCACGAUGAUCACCGACGUCCAGCUAGCGGUCUUUGCAAACGCCCUCGGAGUGUCGCUCUUCCUGCUCGUGGUCCUGUACCACUACCUGUCGGUCAACAAUCCAAAGAAAGGGGACUAGGCACUGAAGCAUGGGGCUUCUUGGGCAAAAGGCACUUUGGACUUGGAACGGGCAGAAAAUGCUUGAAAUCAUCUUGUAUUUGAAACCCUCCAGCAUGGACCGGUCUUGUUGUAAAUAAACUCUACCGCCACA